GUCGACACCGCCUGGAGACCGGAAGCAUGAUGGCCAGAUUCGGGAAACUAAAAACUCUUUACCAUAAACAAAUCAGAAUGUCUCAACAUAACUGUUCCUAGUCUCGGAGGAUUGAGGCCUGAGCCUCUGAUUUCAGUUCAACAAUGUCAGAUCCAGAGGAGCCCGACAAGGGUGUAGACAUGUGGUCCUCCCUCCACUGUCUGGGCUAUCUGUCUAGCUUUAACCUGCUGGUCGCUGUGGGCUUGGGAAUGUACGUACGAUGGGAGCAGACAGAGGAAGCCAUGAUACUGGUCAUCUUCAUCCUGGGUUUGUUCGUUUCGGCCAUCGCUUGCAUCCUCUACUAUUACUUUUCAAUGGAGUCAGCAAGUUUAAGUCUUUUCCACCUGUGGUUUGGCUUCCUGCAAGGUCUACUAUGCUUUUUGAACAGGCCAUCUCUGGAUAAGGACAUUAAGGAGCAAGUAACCAAGUACCUGUUGCUUGCCAGCGUGGCCGUUCGGACACUCUGGGCCUUGACUGAACGUAUAUGUGGCAAUGCUAAAUAUAAACCAGUGGUUCUCACCUCAUCAGAGCUUUUGGAGCUUCUCGGCUUCGGUGUUGCGAGCAUCAGCCUGGUUUUCCACAAAUCGGUGGCUGUUAUUGCUCUGAUGUUUGCUUUGGCAGCCCUCAUUGUGGACCUGCGAAUGAAGUCGCCACUGGCGCUCCCCAACCUCGCCUGCUUCGCUGUGAUCUCUGCAGUGACCUUCUUCAAGUCUUUGGAGAUCCAAACCAAUCCCUUCGCCCUCGCCUGCUACCUGGGCAGGCUUAUCUGCGAGCCCCUGUUGGACGUCUACUUCAGCAGUCUGUUGGCUACGGAGCGCUGGAUGCAGUUUCUCUCGGCUGGGCGUUUGUGGAGGAGGUUGUCUUUAUUUCCACUAAGUGUUAUUGAGGGGAUGUUCAUCGUGCUAUGUGCCCUGAAGCUGGGUGACAUGAACGUCUGGUAUCUGGUCAUCCCUGGGUUCUGUGUCUUCGGCCUCUUAUGGGUCUUGUGUCACAUAGCCUUCCUGGUCACACUGUGGGGUUUCCACACCAAGCUAAGCGAAUGUCAAAAGAUGUGGAAAGCCCAGCGAUCGCAAACACUCAGUUUAGACAGGAUCAUGGCCUCUAGAGGAAUGCGUCAUUUUUGCCUCAUCUCUGAACGGUUGGUACUCUUCUGCCUGGUGUCCACCAUCAUACUGGUUGCUGUUUCAUGGCAGGUCACUAAUGGUCUCUUCAUGAGCGUGUUUUUAGUGGUGCUGCCGUUGGAGUCUUUGGUCCAUGGACUCUUCCAUGAACUGGGCAGCUGUUUGGGAGGCACCUGUGUAGGGUACGCUGUGGUCAUUCCCAGCUGUUAUAACAGUGCGGAUGGACAGCCCUUGUUAUUGGCUCCGGGGCAGGAAGGUCAUUCCACGGCCACACUGAACGCCGUUCAGCGGCUAUUUUCUCAUCAUUUGAUCCAGACCUUUGGCUGUGACUACUCCACCAGUUUAAGUCUGGACACACUGCAGAGCAAACUGCGCUCAUUUCUGGAGCUUUGUACCGCAGAAGGACCACGGCAUGACACCUACAUCCUCUACUACUGUGGCCGGACGCUUCCCAGUGGUGACUGGGCCCUGUCAGGCAGCGAGUGUUUGCGUCUGCAGCAGAUUCUUGAUAUGUGGAAGGAGAGGAAUGCCGGUUUCUCCUCUCGCCUCAUCCUGGUCCUGGACACGGAGAAUUCAGUGCCAUGGGUAAAGGCCAUGAGGAAGAUCGAAGGGAUGUACGUGGCUGUGCAGGGGGCCAAGAUAAGCCCAGCGGGAGACCCGGAGGAACAGCGAGCUCCCAGAUUGGGAGAUUUCACGACAGAGUGGGUGGAAUACAACUGUAAUCCUGACAGCACCGUGCAGUGGUCGGAAAGCAGUCGGAUCAUCAGCGCCAUAUACGGCGUAUCCAAACCCUGGAGCGACUACACCCUCCAUCUGCCCACUGGGAAUGAUGUGGCCAAGCACUGGAAAACUCACUUUCCUCGGGCCACGUACCCACUGGUGGUCGUGGCCAGCUGGUGCUGUGGUCUUAACCUGUUCUGGUUGUGUAGCGUGUGUUUGCGUUGCGUUCGGAGAAUGAGACUGUCUUGGUUCCCACCAAACAUACUGGACACGGGGCAGGGAAUUAAACUAGUGCGAUCCUAAGUGGCCUUUUCUUUUACUUUGCUAUGUUUCUUUUCUACGCUACAGUUUUUGGGAGAAUGUUUAUUGGUUUAGAUGCUUUUGGCAUAACUUCACUUGCUUUUUACAGGUUGGUACUUGCAUACAAGAGAACUAUUAUGUCAUACAUACAUUUCUAUGCACCAUAAAAACUCAACAUGUUCACAGUCUUAACUCAUAAUUCUGUGUUACCAAAUUGAGACUGUAAGUGCCUUUUGUUAAUUUAUUCAGUUUUAAAGGGGUUUGUUUUGGGUACAAAUACAGUACCUUUCUAUGGAUGUAUUAAUCUUUUUUGGACAAAGGGUAGGUGGGAUUUGGUUAUAAACCUAUAGCCCUCGCAAAUUGUUAAGGGUUAUUAAGUUGUUGCCACUUCUAUGUAAGCCAAUGCGUUUGUACUAUACAAGCAUAUAAAAGCCAAAUAACUUA